AUGUCGUCCGCCAGAAGAUCUGCCCGCAUCCAAGCCAAUCAGUCUGCUAGUCCAGCCAUUCCUGAUAUCCAAGCCGAAGCCCCUAUUCCGAAAUCCAAAACGAACAAGAAGGCCAAGGACCCCCCUCCCGCGGUUCAACCCUCAAGCAAGAAACGCGGCCGACCCUCAAAGAGCGCCGACUCAGCUGCACAGCCAAUUAACAACAACCAUCUCAGCCCAUCACCCGCCGAACCACCCGUAACCAUCAACGCCGAAACCAGCGCAUUCGUCACCCCCCUCACGCCCACCAUCAAGCGCCGCAAAACCACCACCGCCAAGCAGGAUGACCCAUCUCCAACCAAGCCCCCACCCUUCACCCCCACGCCCUCAGCCGUCGGGCUGAUGGCGUCGUCCUCCCCGCUCAACGGCGGCGCAGACGCAGCUUCUCCCAUCAAGCGCCGCGCCACGAAGCCGCGCCUCGCAGAACCGCACGCCACCAACGCGCCGCUGUCGACGCCGGGCGGGUCGCGCAUGGUCGCCUACUCGGCCGACGUGCCCGAGGCGAGCGAGGUCGCGCUGGCGGAAGCCAUUGCCGGCGCGGCGACGGUGCUGCCCGACACGACGACGGAGAACCUGCUCGAGAGGGCGUGUGAGCAUUUGAUCCGUGUGGAUCCGAGGCUGAAGGUGGUUAUCGAGAAGCAUCCGUGUAAGAUUUUCUCGCCCGAGGGCCUGCAGGAGGAUGUCGAUCCGUUCAAGGCGUUGGUGAGCGGGAUCCUGGCGCAGCAGGUAUCGGGUGCGGCAGCCAAAUCCAUCAGGAACAAGUUCAUCGCCCUCUUCCCCAACACUAAUGACUCCCCUACCUUCUUUCCCGAUCCCACCUCAGUUGCCGCCGCAGACAUUUCCUUUCUGCGCACUGCGGGCCUCUCCGGACGCAAGGCCGAGUAUGUGAAGGGAUUGGCCGAGAAGUUCGCGUCUGGAGAGCUAUCCGCGCAGAUGCUGGUACAGGCGUCCGACGCCGAGGUCAUCGAGCGGCUAAUCGCCGUGCGCGGCCUCGGUCGCUGGAGCGUCGAGAUGUUUGCUUGUUUCGCCUUGAAGCGCAUGGAUGUAUUCAGCACCGGAGAUCUCGGUGUCCAGAGAGGCAUGGCCGCGUGGUUGGGUAAGGAUGUUGCGAAAUUGAAGUCCAGUGGCAAGGGAGGAAAAUGGAAAUACCUGGGCGAGAAGGAGAUGCUGGAGCAUUCCGCAAAGUUUGCGCCUUACAGGAGCCUUUUCAUGUGGUACAUGUGGAGGGUCGAGGACGUCGACAUUGACGCCCUAACAACGUGA